AUGAGUUCAUCUUCAGAUAACAGCUCUUAUAGUAAAAUUCCAAUUUUGAAUACUUUACAUAUCAUUUAUAAAAGGUUUAAAGAUAAUGGAUAUAUAGGUUCGAAAUGUCCAACAUGUAACACGAAAAGGGUAGGAAUAUAUUGGUGUCAGAAGUGUAACUCGGAAUAUUUUCGUAAAGAAUUUUCGAAAUGGACUAGCGAGAGUUCAUUUAUGGAUAGUUUUAUACAAAAUUUACAAUUAAGCUCUCAUAAUUCCCACCAAUUCGUUGAAUGGAUACCAUUUAAUCAAUUCAAAGAUAUCAAACUAAUAGCCAAGGGAGGCUAUGGUGUAGUUUCAUCUGCUGUUUGGUUGGAUGGACCUAUUGGAAAUACAAAGUUAUAUCAUAGAUUACUUGGAAAAUACAUAGUACGAGAUGGUCCAACUAUCAUUGCUUUGAAAUCGUUGAAUAACUCUCAGAAUUUGAUCAUGAAAUCCUUACAGGAGGCUGGUAAUGUUUCGAAACAAUUCCUAAAUAUUGCAAGCGAUCCUGAAGCUAUUUAUACCAGUAGAUUAUUGAAUUUUCCUAAUUUACGGCAAAACCUUUCAACAUUGCAUCAUAAAAUCAUUGAUGUUCAUAUUAAGGAAGAGGAAAUUAAAGAAGAGGAAGAAGAUGACUUGGAAUAUUGUAAGUAUUAUUAA